CCUCCUCCUCCUCCUCCUCCUCGAAGCGACGAAGGAGGACAACCGGAGAAGACGAGAAUGAGCGCUGCGGUCGGUGCCGGGAAGACCGUGUGCGUCACCGGAGCGUCCGGCUACAUCGCCUCGUGGCUCGUCAAGCUUCUCUUGCAGCGCGGCUACACCGUGAAGGCCUCCGUUCGCGAUCCGAAUGAUCCAGAAAAGACUGAACAUCUGCUUGCACUUGAUGGAGCGAGAGAGAGACUUCAACUGUUCAAAGCAAACCUACUGGAAGAGGGUUCAUUUGAUCCUAUUGUUGAGGGUUGUGUAGGCGUUUUUCACACUGCCUCUCCUUUUUAUCAUGAUGUCAGGGAUCCACAGGCAGAAUUAUUGGAUCCUGCUGUGAAGGGAACUCUUAAUGUUCUGAAGUCCUGUUCCAAAACACCUUCUGUGCAGCGUGUGGUCUUGACAUCAUCUAUGGCUGCAGCUGAGCAUGAUGGAACACCGCUGACACCUGAUGUUGAGGUGAAAGAAGAUUGGUUUUCUGAUCCAGACUUGUUGAGGGAAAAUAACAUGUGGUAUGAGCUCUCCAAGACCUUGGCUGAGAAUGCUGCCUGGGAAUUUGUGACAGAAAAGGGUAUUGACAUGGUCACGAUCAACCCAGGUAUGGUGAUUGGCCCUCUUUUGCAGCCAAAACUUAACAGAGGCGCUGUGGCGAUCGCAAAUUUGAUAAAUGGUGCACCAACUUUUCCAGAUGAAUGUUGUGGAUGGGUGAAUGUCAAAGAUGUUGCAAAUGCUCAUAUACUGGCAUUUGAAGUCCCAUCAGCCCGCGGAAGAUAUUGCUUAGUUGAGUGUGUUCCACACUACUAUGAGAUUGUGGGGUUCUUACGCAAGCUUUACCCUUCUCUUCAGCUUCCAGAAAAGUAAGUAGUUUAGACCUUUAUCAUUUACCCUUUAUGUGUGUAGUGGGCAGUAGAGCAUCGAGGUUUCUCUAUUAUUGAGUGUAGGUAGACGAGUCUUUCUUGGGAGAGGCCAUUGGUUCGAAAAUGUGCUGCUGAUUUACACAUUUUCUAUAACUUCAAUUUCUGGUGGUAGAAACUUUUGGAGUUACACAUUUUCUAUAUAUUCGAAGGUGAAGCCACCCUUCAGUCAAUAUGACUUUUUCUUAUUCUGCUAAAUUCCACUUCCUCCUAAUCAGAAGGGUACGAUGGAUGGCUGUUAACUAGGCACGACUAAUAUAAGUUACCAAGCCUACGUUUCAUUUUUCCCAUGUUGUCCAUCUUUUGUCUGUUUGCUUCCCAGGGAUUUCAGCAUCCGUUACACGCCGGUCUAUUGGGUGUCCACGAAGAGAGCGAACCGCUUGGGGAUUGAUUACAUCGAUAUAUACCAGAGCUUGAAGGAGACUGUUGAAAGUCUGAAGGAGAAGGGAUUUGUUAACUUCUGAUAGAAAUUUCUCCCAAGUCACAAAUGUAAAUGCGAGGCUUUUCGCCCA